UAUUUCAGAGCUUCACCGCGCCCAGCUCCUACGCUCCCUCCCCCUUUCUCUCUCCUCCAACACAACAAUCAAUCCAGUCAACUUUGUGUCUCCGCGCAACGCUCGACGUCUGUCAAACCACAACUGUUUCUAGGGCACCAAGCUACCCUGAUUCAACUUCCUCCUCAUUGCUCAAACGAGUUCGCCUCUUUCAAGCACACUUCUUCGAACCUUCAGGUGCCUCUCCACACCCACGAGUUCGAACGUCAUCCCAACCUCUCACCGACCUCCACCCCAUCACACGACCCGACACGACAUCACAAGUUCAUCACCAUGUCUGCUGUUCCCGCCCCCGUGGAGAAGGCUGCCGAGACUGUCUCCAACACAGUCUCCAACGCCGUCAACGAUGUUGCCGAAGCUUUGAGCAAUACCAACCUCAACAGUAACAAGGCCGCCGCCAACGAGGCUGCCUCGGCCAGUGCUGCCGAAGGCCGUCGUCUGUACAUUGGCAACCUGGCCUACGCGACAACCGAGGAGGAGUUGAAGGGCUUCUUCAAGAGCUACCUUGUCGAGUCCGUUUCCAUCCCAAAGAACCCGCGUACCGACCGCCCUGUCGGCUACGCCUUCGUCGACCUCUCGACCCCUACCGAGGCCGAGCGCGCCAUCGAAGAGCUGUCAGGAAAGGAGAUCUUGGAACGCAAGGUCUCCGUCCAGCUGGCUCGCAAGCCCGAGGCCGCUGCCGAAAAGGCUGCUGAAGCUCCCGAGGCCGCUGGUGGCGAGGGCACUCGCCGCCGUGCCUCUGGUCGCGGACGUGGCCGUGGACGCAACGGCCGUGGCGGCCGCAGCGCCCGCGCUGGCGAAGAGAAGAAGGAUGAGACCGCUGAAGGCGCCGCUGCCGCUGGUCCUACCGGUGUUGUAGCCACCGAUGCUCCCCCCGCUGCUACCAACGAGGCGGCCGCAAACGCCCAGCAGCGCCAGCGCCGCGAGCGUGGCCCUCCUGCUGACGGUGUUCCCUCCAAGACCAAGGUCAUGGUUGCCAACCUACCGUACGACCUGACCGAGGAGCAGCUCAUCAACCUGUUCAAGGACUACCAGCCCACUUCUGCCAAGAUUGCCCUGCGCCCCAUCCCUCGCUUCAUGAUCAAGAAGCUUCAGGCCCGUGGCGAAGCGCGCAAGGGACGUGGCUUCGGCUUCGUCACCCUGGCCUCUGAGGAGCUCCAGCAGAAGGCUGUCGCUGAAAUGAACGCCAAGGACAUUGAGGGUCGCGAGAUCGCUGUCAAGGUGGCCAUUGACUCCCCUGAUAAGACUGACGAGGAGGCCAACGCCCCCGCGGACGAGGCUACCCAGCAAGAGAACACCAAGCCCGCCGAGCACAAGGAUGCGGCUGCUGUCCCCGCCACCGUCGCCGCUCCUACCAUUGUCUAGAUGGGCUUGGGUGGCACUCACGACAAUGACCUCCAUAUGCCCAAUAUCACAUCAUGAACCAAAAGGUCACAAUGAGUUUUUUUUGGAAUGAGUAUUUAAUAUCUGGGAGAAAUUGCAGAGUUACUCACCGAAUAAAUUCCGUUCCAGUUGGACUCAAAACCAAAAUUGAGACUCUCAAACUCGGGUGACUGAUGCGCUGGUGAAUAUGCCUUUGUAAUUUGUCGUUCGCAGCCGUGACACAUUCCAUAUUGCAUCGUAUGGGAAGUUUCAAAAUGCUUCAGUACUACGUACAGAAAAAAAGCACGAGCGUUGUUGAAUGUUGUCUAA